AUGUUUGUAGCGGCCUGCUUAAGCUUGCUGUUGCUUGCUAUUGGAAACAUUUCAGCAAACCAAUGUUCCCCGACGAAUUACGACACAAUCAUACAAGGAGGUCCAUCAUUGCCUGCAGAUGAAAUAAUAUCAAGACACAAUGUUACAUCUUCAAUUGUCAUGUUAGGAUGUCACACUCACUGCAAAGACGAAGACAAAUGUGUUGGAUUCAACUACAGAACAACAAAAAAUGUUGAAAAUUGCCAACUGACAAACGUUACUAGAAAGAAAGAAGAAACGAAAACGGGAGAUUGGAUAUUGAUACAAGAUGUUGAAGCGGGAAAGAGUGAAGUUAAAAAAGAAAAUCUUACCAAGAAAUCAGGUCUCCACUGCGCUGAUUUGUAUGAAAAGGGAAAUACCCAAAGUGGAAUUUAUGAAAUUAAUCCCGACGGAAAGGGAAGUUUCAAAGUGUUUUGUGAUAUGACAACAUCAGGUGGAGGAUGGACUGUAUUUCAACGUCGUCUUGAUGGAAGUGUUGACUUCUACCGAGGAUGGCAAGAUUACAAACAUGGUUUUGGUAACUUGAGCGGAGAAUAUUGGCUUGGUCUUGAAAAAAUACACAUGAUGACAAAUAUUUUACAAAAUGAACUUCGUAUCGACAUGGAAGAUACAUCUGGGAACACCAGUUACGCUCAUUAUGAUUCAUUUAAAGUCAGCAGUGAAAGAGAGAAAUACAAGUUGAAUGUUGGAGGUUAUCAUGGUACAGCAGGGAACUCGUUGAAAAGAGAAAACCGUAUGGCUUUCACCACCAAAGAUUCUGACAAUGAUAUUGCGGGAUACAACUGUGCAGUGAGAUUCAAAGGAGCCUGGUGGUAUUGGCAUUGUCAUCAUUCCAAUUUGAAUGGUUUGUAUCAUUAUGGCAAUCACACAUCGUGGGCUGUUGGAAUCAACUGGUACCAUUGGAAAGGAUAUGAUUAUUCUCUGAAAUCAACAUCGAUGAAGAUACGACCACGUGAAUUUGGAAAGAGGAAAUAA